CUGCCGCAGCGUUGCGCAUGCGUGGAGGGCCGGUCCGACACUGGGCUGCGGAGAUAACGGCGGAGGUCUCGUGGCGCGGGCCGCGACCCGGGCUUGGGGUUUCUGUGAGGAAGCCGAUUUUUUUACUCUGUGCACUGAAGUCCAAAGACCAUCACCAUGGAUUUUCAACAUCGGCCUGGGGGCAAGACUGGGAGUGGUGGGGUAGCUUCAUCUUCUGAGAGCAACCGAGAUAGAAGGGAGCGCCUCAGACAGCUUGCUCUUGAAACAAUUGAUAUCAACAAGGAUCCCUAUUUUAUGAAGAAUCAUUUGGGUUCCUAUGAAUGCAAACUCUGCUUAACACUUCACAACAAUGAGGGAAGCUACUUAGCUCAUACUCAAGGAAAAAAGCAUCAAACAAAUUUGGCUCGGAGAGCUGCAAAAGAAGCCAAGGAGGCUCCAGCCCAGCCAGCCCCAGAGAAAGUCAAAGUGGAAGUGAAGAAGUUUGUGAAAAUUGGUCGUCCAGGGUACAAAGUGACCAAGCAGCGGGACACAGAGAUGGGCCAGCAGAGCCUCCUCUUUCAGAUUGAUUAUCCUGAGAUUGCCGAGAGCAUCAUGCCACGCCAUCGAUUCAUGUCUGCCUAUGAGCAGAGGAUUGAACCCCCAGACAGACGCUGGCAGUAUCUUUUGAUGGCAGCGGAACCCUAUGAAACCAUUGCUUUUAAGGUUCCAAGUAGAGAGAUUGACAAGGCCGAAGGGAAGUUUUGGACCCACUGGAACAGAGAAACCAAGCAGUUUUUUCUGCAGUUCCAUUUUAAGAUGGAGAAACCUCCUGCUCCCCCAGCUCUCCCAGCUGGGCCUCCAGGAGUGAAGCGACCCCCACCCCCACUGAUGAAUGGUUUGCCUCCUCGACCACCUCUGCCAGAGUCCUUGCCACCACCACCUCCAGGUGGCAUGCCACUGCCACCUAUGCCGCCCAGUGGGCCUGCACCUCCGGGUCCUCCUGGACCACCUCAAAUGCCCCCUCCUGCACCUGGAGUGCAUCCUCCUGCUCCUGGGGUUCAUCCCCCAGCUCCUGGGGUCCAUCCUCCGGCUCCUGGAGUGCACCCUCCAACUCCCGGGGUACACCCUCCUACUCCUGGGGUUCAUCCACCAGCUCCUGGGGUACACCCCCCAGCUCCUGGAGUACACCCUCCUACUCCUGGAGUACAUCCUCCAGCUCCUGGGGUACAUCCUGCAGCACCUGGAGUACAUCCCCCAGCUCCAGGAGUACACCCCCCAGCACCUGGGGUGCAUCCUCAGGCUCCAGGAGUACACCCACAAGCACCUGGGGUACAUCCUCAAGCUCCUGGGGUACACCCACAAGCACCUGGAGUUCAUCCUCAAGCUCCUGGGGUACACCCACAAGCACCUGGAGUUCAUCCUCAGGCUCCUGGGGUACACCCACAAGCACCUGGAGUUCAUCCUCAGGCUCCUGGGGUACACCCACAAGCACCUGGAGUUCAUCCUCAAGCUCCUGGGGUACACCCACAAGCACCUGGGGUUCAUCCUCAGGCUCCAGGGGUACAUCCCCAAGCUCCUGGAGUUCAUCCCCAAGCUGGGGUUCAUCCCCAAGCACCUGGGGUUCACCCCCAGGCUCCAGGGGUUCAUCCCCAGGCUCCUGGAGUUCAUCCCCAGGCUCCAGGGGUUCAUCCCCAGGCUCCAGGGGUUCAUCCUCAAGCUCCAGGGGUUCACCCCCAGGCUCCAGGUGUACACCCCCCAAACCCAGGAGUACAUCCCCCAACUCCUAUGCCCCCAAUGUUGCGGCCCCCUCUUCCCUCAGAAGGACCUGGGAAUAUUCCUCCUCCUCCACCAACCAAUUGAAAAGCUUUUCAUCCUCCCCUACAAAGUUGGUUCUUAUUUACAUUGCAUCAUUUCCCCAAAGACAGGUUUGGUGUUUUUUUGUACAGAGAUUUGAACUCUGUCCUCUAAGUUGAUUAAAUAGGUUUUUACCUUGUUUACAUCGAA